AUGGGGCCUGCUGAGGAGCUGGUCCGGAUCGCCAAGAAAUUGGAUAAGAUGGUGGCCAGGAAGAGCACGGAAGGGGCACUGGACCUGCUCAAGUCCCUCACUGGCUACACCAUGACCAUCCAGCUGCUCCAGACCACGCGCAUCGGGGUGGCUGUCAACUCAGUGCGGAAACACUGCUCGGACGAGGAGGUGGUGGCCUCGGCCAAAAUCCUCAUCAAGAACUGGAAGCGGCUGCUGUCCUCCACCGCCCCCAAGAAGGAGAAGGACACGGAGGGGGAGAAGGAGAAGAAGGAGAAGAAGGAGAAGGGGCUGGAUCUUCCCAGCUGCCCCAACGAAGGGGCAAAGCCCCCCAAAAGCCCGGCUGAGAAGCACAAGGAGAAGCACAAGGAGAGAGGGUCCAGCGACAGCCGGAGCCCCACUGCAUCCUCAAAGAAAUCACCUCCAGAUGGCAAGAAAGAGAGGAGGGACUCUGCUGACUCCAGAUCCUCCACCGCCUCCUCCUCUUCCUCCCCGCAGAAGAGAGUGUCAGGAGAGAGGUGA